GCUCAGGAAGCCGCAGCUCCCAUCCCACAUCUGUUCCUGCUGAUAGAGAGCCUGGGCAGCGCUGCCACCAGACCAGCAUCGGGUCCUCGGGCAGGAGAGCAAAUGUUGGAGGGUCCACGGGUAAGUCCCAGGGAAGCGGUGUCCACCAGGGACGGGGCACUCGGGGUAGCCACGUUUGUGCACAGGAAGCUCUUUUCACAUGAUUCCUACCUUGUGAACUCAAAUCAAGCAGAGGACUCAGCCAGCAUUGGGCCAUGCGGGUUUUUGCCCUGCUCCUGCUCAUCCUCCCAGCCCUGCUGCCCCCAGCCAGCCCCACCAACCCAGGCCAACCCUGCCCGUCGGAGAUGAACAAGGUCAAGGACCUGCUGGAGGUGAACUGCACAGGGCAGGCCCUCAGCGCAGUGCCCCAAGACCUGCCCAUGGACACGGGCAUCCUGCUGCUCAGUGCCAACCGCCUGGUGUCCGUCUCCAUAAACACCUUCCUGCCCCUCACCCAGCUGCAGGACCUCGACCUGUCUGACAACGGGCUGGUGGAUCUGCACAUGGGGCCUCAGUUGCAGUCCCUGAGGGAGCUGAUCCUCUCCCGCAAUGCUCUGGGGGCUCUGCCUGCCCUGCAGGGCCUUCCCAAGCUCACACGCCUGGCUGUGGCCCACAACAGCCUGUCAGAACUGGCCCCGAGGGCUUUCCUCGCCGUGAAAGAGCUGCAGGACCUGGAUCUGCGAGGGAACCAGCUGCGGACACUGCCCCAGGAGGUCUUUGAGGGGCUGAGGGCACUCAAAGACUUGGACCUCUCAGACAAUCUCCUGGAGGAACUCCCCAGGGAGCUGCUGCAGAGUCUCCAAAAGCUGGAGACUCUCUGGCUCUCAGGGAACCGCCUACGGACUCUGCCCACCGGCUUCUUCCCCGAGGGGCACCUCUUCGCGUACGUUUUCCUCACUGAGAACCCCUGGCACUGCGACUGUGACCUGUACUACCUGAGACACUGGAUCUUGGAGAAUGAAGGCAGUGUCUAUCAGCCAGAGCGGGGCCUGGAGAAGACAAAGGUGGAGGUUGCCCCACAGAAGGUGCUGUGCCACAGCCCCCCUGAGCAUCAGAGGAAGCCUGUUAUCCGCUUCAAGCUCAACUGCCGCAAUGUGGGGGAUGUGGAUGAGUACGAAGAGGAUGGAUAUGAUGACGUGGAAGAAACGACGGCAAAAGCUACCAUGAUCACCUUCUCUCCCCAUCGUCCAUCCAUCCUGAAGGAGCAAACUACCGUUCCCCAUGCUGUUACCUGGCCUCCUCUCACUACUACAAGACCUCACCUGGGAUCUGCUCUCACUCCAAGCACUUCACUUGCAAUGCCUGCAAGCACCAGAGCUCCCAACACCACCAGUCCUGUGCCGGCCAGUCCCACCAUCGCACCCACACAGCCCCCUGGCACUGACGCCGUUCUCACUGCUGCUCCCACCAGCACCCCACACAGAUCCACCACGCUUGUCUCCACCACCUCACUGCCAACCACUGUGAGCACCAGACCUCCCAGCACCAGCAACUGUCCCCAAACCACCCUCACCACUGGCACUACCAACACUAAUGCCACUCUCAUGGUGUCCACAGGCCUGUUUUCCACCACCUCCACAGCAGUGCCUUCUACUACCAUGCCAGAGGCCUCUUCUGUUGUCAGAUCUUCAUCUCCUCUGACAUCGACCACACCAAUCAUCUCCACGCCCAUGCUUUCCACUCAUGCCCCAGCUCCCCUGGACACCACAGGAUUCACCCAACCUACACCUUCCCCUCCACCUGCACCCCUCCCCCUCUGCCCACACUACACCCUAGGGCUGGCCGUACCCGUGCUGCACUCACGGGCAGGUGGGGAGGGUCCACAGUGGGGGCAGUGGGUGCUGAGGCAUUGCUGCCUAUUGCACUGGGGACUCUACCUGGCCUCGUUGGCUUUCCUAGUCUUGACUGUGCUGGCUCUAGCAGGUUGGGUGGUGUGGAUGUGUCUGAUGGGACGGCCCUCCUUGCGUAAGCUCCUGCAGACCCAAGAGGUACAGUAUCCACUGCUGAUGUGGAGGGAGCCAACAGGAAGCCCUGUGAUGCAUCCCAGCACCUUCAAAAGCCCCCCCCAGCGCCCCAUGUUCUGUACCAUCAAGGAAGUAGAGCUGUGCCCUGAGGUCACUUACUGUACAAUUAAAGACCUGGGGACACAGCGCGGUCAUCCCGCAAGUUCCUCCUUCCGCACCACAAAGGAGCUGUGGGUCCGCCACAGUCCUCUGAAUGCUUCCUUCAAGUCUUUCUCCAGGAAGCUGAUGGUCACAAACCUUGGCUCCCUGAGGACCCCUUCUGCUUACAGCCUGGACAGGGGUGUCAAGGCCAUUGGUGGUGUCAGAGUGAAAUAUGCUCACAACACCUUGUAAAUGUUUCUGUGUGUUUAGAGGAGAUGAAGGGUCAUGGCUCUGCUUCACAUACCCUUGUUUUACAAGGGAAAGAUCUGCUUGCUCAUGGGAAAGCCACCCAGCUCCUUUCCCUAGUAUUAAUCUCACACACCCUGGGGUUUCUAGAUCUGAAAUAGAUGGAGAGAAGAUUAUCUACACUGGUCAGUGAUAGUUUCGGACUGACACUGACUGGUUUCGGGGUGAGUAUGGGAAAACUCCUUGGGACACUCUAUGUCCCAGCUUCUUCUGUUCGAAUGAUGCACAUAAAGAUGCACUGCUUUCAACUCAGUGCCAGGUUGUUAA